CGAUGUUGUUGCAACAUGGAUUACAUCAUUCAGUAGCCGGGAGAUAAACGCGCUCGCUACAGAACGACCUAUGCUAUUCUUUAUAUUCUUUGUAGCAGCCAAUAUUCUGCUAACGAGCACAUUCAAUUCAAUUGGGUAUGUGCUUCAACUCUUUUAUUGUAUCUUUAUAGAAGGGGGCUCAUAUUCUUCCGGUAACUAUAAAAUUCAGAUACGCGUGUGUCAACAUGUUGCUUAUGGAGUUUUGUAGAACAGUGGAGGUCUAUGAUGAAUCAUCCAGUGAAGGCAAAGAGUCUAAACGAAUUCUGGUCUCAACGAUGGCAUCAAUUAUUCAAACAGACCUGGCUGGCAAUCCCUUUUCGGCCUGUUCGUAUUCUUUCUGUGCGUGGUCUUUCUAGCAUUAUGAAGAACCCAAAAAGCAUUUCAUUUAUGCUCGCAUUUAUUUCCGUUUUUGUCAUAUCUGCAUUAAUGCAUGAGUAUGCUAUCGCUGCUAAUCAUGGAUUAUCUAUCUACAGACGCUUCUUCAUGGGUGAACAAUUGCUUUUUUUCAUGGCUCAUGCUCUUGGCAUUCUGAUUGAACAGACAAUGCAAGCCACCGUUGUGAAAAGAUGGUUUAUUAAAUCAACCAUUGCUCACAAGUUAAUUGGACAUAUUUGGACAGUUACCUUUGGUUACUUUACAUUUUAUUAUAUAAUGAAUGGAUUCAUAAGUAAUGAAUUCUAUGCUGAAAAUCCAAUUAGGUUUCUUAAUCCAUACAUCUUACGGAUCGUACGUGAAACACCAGCCGUUCGACCGUACUUUGGCAGUUAUAUUUAUUAAACAAGACUUAAAAACGCCCACAAAAGGUUUGGCGUGUAUUUUUCAUAUGGUUUACUUUGAAACAAAUUACAAAAAGAACGUAAAAGUGAGAAGGGCAUUGAUUUAUAAAAAGUCUAUUAAGGAUAAUAAACAGGGUCAAUUGA